GUGGUCGUGGUCAGUGGAUCUAUAGGGCAGGAUGUCCCGCUAUGGGGAAGCGCUAUGGGGCAGGAAGUCCCACUAUGGGGCAGGCUAUGGGGCAGGAUCUAUGGGGCUGACCCACAUCUCCCACAGCUGUACCUGGCCAUCGCGCUGAUGGCGGUGGUGGUGGUGACCGGCUGCUUCGGUUACUACCAGGAGUUCAAGAGCACCAACAUCAUCGCCAGCUUCAAGGGGCUCGUGCCGCAGCAAGCCACGGUGAUCCGGGACGGGGAGAAAUCGCAGCUGAACGCCGCCGAGAUCGUGGUGGGGGAUCUGGUGGAGAUCAAGGGGGGGGAUCGAGUGCCUGCCGACAUCCGCGUCAUCGCCGCGCAGGGAUGCAAG